AUGAAAAAAAAAAGAAAUAAUGUAAAUACUUACGGAUUGUAUAAAAGAAAAUAUAUAAUUACGGGUGUAACUCUUUUAUCUUUUAUUCUUAUGUUUCAAUAUAAAUAUCAUGAAGUAUUAUCAGUGUAUGAUGAUCAAAUAAAUGUUAAACAAAGUAGUAAGUUAUUUUGGACUCGUUUAAUAUUUGGAAGAACUAGAAGUAGAAUUACAGGAAAAAUUUUUAAUAUCGAAAUUCCCUCUUCUUAUCGUUUAUUAGUUUAUAACUCUUUAAUAAAAUAUAUGAAUAUAAAUAAAGAUGAAAUAAAAUAUCCUAUUGAAUCAUAUAGAUCUAUUAGUGAUUUUUUUUCAAGAUAUAUAAGAGAAGAAACAAGGCCAAUAGAGGAUCUUAGUGAUUAUUCAAUUGUUAGUCCUUGUGAUAGUGAAAUUAUUGAUUUUGGAGAAUUAAAAACAGAUUAUCUUGAAAAUAUUAAGGGGUUAAAAUUUAAUGUCAAAAAUUUUUUGGGAUCUAAUUUAAAAAAAAAGUAUAAUGAUGAUUCUACUAAAUUUUAUUAUGUUAUCUUUUAUUUAAGUCCGAGAAAGUAUCAUCAUUUUCAUGCUCCUUUUAAUUUUAAAUAUAAAAUAAGAAGACACAUAUCAGGAGAAUUAUUUCCUGUUUUUCAAGGAAUGUUUAAAUUUAUUAAUAAUUUAUUUGAUAUAAAUGAACGAGUUAUAUUAACAGGAGAAUGGAAAGGGGGAAAUGUUUAUUAUGCAGCUGUGAGUGCAUACAAUGUUGGUAACAUUAAAAUUAUAAAUGAUGAUGAUUUAUUAACUAAUAAUUUACGAACCCAAUUAAGUUAUAUGGGUGGAGAUAUUGAUACCAAAAUUUAUGAUAACUAUAAAGAUUUAGAAGUUGGAGAUGAAAUAGGAGAAUUUAAAAUGGGUUCAUCUAUAAUUUUAAUAUUUGAAAAUAAAAGUGAUUUCUUAUGGAAUAUCAAACAUAAUCAAAAUGUUUGUGUUGGUCAAAGAAUAGGAGGGAUAAAUGAAAUAAUAGAAUCAAAAGAUAGAUUUAUUAAAAUUAGAAGCUAA